AUGUCGCCGGCUACACUUGAAUCACCCUCUGACAUACAGGGUCUAAGAGAUUUUCGUCGGGCCCUUCCAGUGGUGGAAUUGGAAGCGAACGCGGCUGGCAAACGUCAUUCAUUCCCCAUCACACUAUUAUCCGACAGUUCCCUCGCAGCUCGACGUCUGAGCUUAACAGCGGGAAGAAAGCCUUUACGUUCAUCGCCUUUAGUUGGGCCCUCAAUCUCGCCCCUUGUUAUCAUUGAUGACGCUGACAAUGAGGACGAGACUCCGUCAGAUACCCAACUCGCCAAACCAGAGGUGAUUGUAUUACCCCAACUACCCGCGAAAACUGUGGUUUCAAGACCGAAGUCUCCCGAUUGCAUCGUGCGCGCUCCUAGUCGUCGCGUCUCGAUAGCUUGGGAUACUUCGGUGCCGAAUCCGGGUCAGGAGAGAUUGCGCCGUCCGGAGAGACACAAGUUGAAGCGACCGCGAAGCGCUCUGUCCGAUCCUACAGAUGCCUACAACUUUCCUCGCCCCCAGGAUUUCCUAGCACCCAUGGCUGACGAAAAAUUCUACUAUUGCUCAACACUCCCUACCCUCUCCUCACGCCGACCUCACUCUUUUUACAUAGAUCCAACUGCCAUGUGUAGUGACCCGCCCCAUUUCCAAGAAACCGUACCGGAAUCGCCAUCCGGCUUACCUACGGACAACUCGUGGUACCUUGCAUCUCCUUACGACGUUACACCUCGCUUUACCAGGUUAGGCCUCGCGAAUGUGAUUCUCCCAGUUUCCGCGAAAGCGCAUAGUCGCGGCAAGCCCUCAGUCGUACCUUUACAUCCUUCCCCAUCUUCGAACGCCCUGAAACCCCGAUCUACGAUGCUCAACAAGUUCAUUGGAACCACUGGUUCAACUCGCUCCAGUCUUGUCGAGCAUCCGUCGAGCAGCACAAUAUCAUCGACCGCCGAGUUAGAAUCUGAUGGUGGUCCUCCGACACCUAGCCCCAUGAGCACGACGGACCUUCCGCCACCCAGCUUCGCGAGCAAGGCAGACGUGUCCUCGCACACAUCGAACCACGGUCGACGACAACUCGUUGGCCCGUUUCAGAGCCUCCGCUUCUCUGGAAAGAGAAUCUCCGACAGUUCACAUGAAGCCUUUGAAGUUCAACUGAAAGUCAACCCUGAUAAGCCGAACGCUCUAGUAAAGGUUGAGGAGUUGGUGGAUCAGAUUGAACCUCAGUCCGCCCCCAAGCCUGGGCCUGAGACCAUAUCUAGAGGAGGGACGAUCAGGAAGAUUUGGACGUCGUUGACUGCUGGCUCUAAGAACCGCCUGUGCGAUCUGGGUUCGGGAAAGACGUCUCGCACUGAAGAACACGAAAUGUUGGAAUCUUAG